AUGAAGAUCUCUCAACUGCUUUGCUUUGCGGGUCUGCUUGGCGCCUCUGUCGCGUCAAGUGGACUGGACAAAAGAUCAACAGUGAGCGAAAUUCUGACAGAUAUCGAGGACGCUACGACAUGUGCUGCGUGUGAGGCCUUGCUGGUUGUUCUCCAAGCGCUUGCUCACUUGGGCAACGAUGACUUCGUGGAUGUCAUCACUGAGGUUUGUAUCUUGGCUAAGGUGGACGACGACGAUGUUUGCGAGGGUGCAAUCUCGCGCGAAGGACCUAUUCUGGCUCACGAUCUUCGUAACAUGGACGUCCCUUCCAAGACGGCAGUUCUUUUUUGUACUACCAUCUUUGGCCUCUGUGACUAUCCGGCUGUGGCCGAAUACAACGUCGAAUUUCCUUCUGCUAAGCCAGCGAACGCGUCUCGGCCUGCCUCAAGUGGAGAGACCCCUCUGCAAAUCGUCCACAUCAGUGAUAUCCACGUCGAUCUUUCUUAUGAAACUGGUGCAAACUACAACUGUACCAAAAACAUCUGCUGCCGCCCGUAUACCGCUUCAGAUGAGCCUGGAUCGACGGACUAUCCUGCAGGGGAGUAUGGAAACCACAACUGCGACGCUCCUCUCACUUUGGAGGAAAGCAUGUACGCAGCUAUUCAAGAAUUGGUCCCGGACGCCUCUUUCACGAUCUUCACGGGUGACGUCGUCGAAGGCGCUGUGUGGCUGGUCAACGAGACUGAGGUAACCAAUGAUCUCAACGACGCCUACAAGACCCGAAUGCCCAACUACCUCAACCUCGUCUACGGCGUCACCGGCAACCACGAUACUGCGCCUGUAAAUUCCUUCCCAACGUCGGACAUCGACACUAUAAUCUCCAGCCAGUGGGCCUACGACACCCUGUCGGCCGAUUGGAGCCAGUGGAUUGGAUCUACCGCUGCCAGCACUGCGGACGACUAUGGCUCCUACUCGGUCAAGUACUCCGGUGGCAACCUCCGCAUCAUCUCCUUCAACACCAACUUCUACUACAAGGAGAACUUCUGGCUCUACGAGCAGACCAUGCUGAUCGACCCGAACGGCCAGCUCGCCUGGCUAGUCAGCGAACUGGCUGCGGCCGAGACGGCCGGAGAGCGCGUGUGGUUGAUGGGCCACAUGCCGAUGGGCUCGGGCGACACCUUCCACGACGGCUCCAACUACUUCGACCAGAUCAUCCAGCGCUACGAGGCGACCAUCGCCGCCGUCUUCUAUGGUCACACCCACAAGGACGAGUUCGAGAUCGCCUACUCGAACUACACCGACCAGACCGCCGCCACCGCGACCAUGAUGUCGUACAUUGCGCCCGCGCUGACCCCGACCUCCGGCAACCCGACCUUCCGCGUCUACUCGGUCGACCCGGUCACCUUCGGCGUCCUCGACUUCACCGUCUACAUCGCCAACAUGUCCAGCCCCAGCUACCAGGAGAAGCCCGUCUGGGAGAAGUACUACGCCGUCAAGGAAACCUACGGCGCCCUCCUCGACCCGCCGGUCACCGACAGUGCCGCCGAGCUCACCCCGGCGUUCUGGCACAACGUCACCGCGCUCUUCGAGAGCGAUGACGCCGUCUUCCAGGACUACUACGCCCGCAAGAGCCGCGGCUGGGACGUCUCCUCGUGCACCGGCGACUGCAAGACCGACGAGGUCUGCCAGCUGCGCGCCGCCGAGGCGCAGUACAACUGCGUCGAAAUUACGCCCGGGAUCAGCUUCAAGCGGAAGCGAGACACAAGCUCCAGCUCGUCGGCCGCGCAGGAGAGCCCGUGCGGUGAGUCGGUUGUCGGGAAUAUUUUCUCGAACUUCGACGGCGCGGUCGAGGCGUUGAUCCAGGCUGCGCAGGCGAAGCUGGGGUCGAGCUUCAUGAAUACCACUGUUAACUCGACGGUC